AUGAUGUCACAGCGAAGCGGACCCCAGCUUCUUCUCCUUUUGGCUCUCUUCAGCGUCUUCUACUCCAGGACUGUCAGUCUGCCCUACGCAUCCAUGAGACCGACGAGACACGCAGACGGUCUUUUCACCAGCGGCUACAGCAAACUUCUGGGCCAGCUUUCAGCCAGGAGAUACCUGGAGUCACUCAUUGGGAAGCGAGUCAGCGACGAGCUGAUGGACGAGCCGGUCAAGCGCCACUCGGACGCCAUCUUCACAGACAACUACAGUCGCUUUCGCAAACAGAUGGCCGUCAAGAAGUACCUCAACUCGGUUUUAACGGGGAAGCGGAGUCUAGAAAACGCCGUCCCCGAUGACCAGGACGAAUCGCGGGACAACCCCGGCGCCUUCCAGGACAGCUACGACGACGACGUCGACGUCAACCACCUGCUAAACAACUUCCAGCUGCCACUUUGA